CGCGCCGGGGUGGGGGUAGGAGGCGUGCCGAGCGGUGUGGAGGGAAGUUGUGGUAGGGGCGGGGAGAACAACGCGACAGGGAAGGAGGAAAGGGCAGUUAAGGGAGGCGAGGGCGCGGGAAGCUGAGCUGCCGUUAAUGAGGGAAGCCGGGGCGAGUGCAGGUGUAGAGGGGAAGAAGGGAGAAAGCAAAUAGGUUCGGGAACGUGUAUUAGAGGGGCAUGGGCGGGCGCUAGGACCGAGCGUCGGGGAGGUGCGGCUUUGGGGCUCCCUGGGCGCGAGCUUCCAUGGAGGUGACGCGGCGGUGGCGGAGAUCGCUGGCCCGGACUAAGCACUGCAGGGAGAGGACACUCGGCUACGUUGGGCCUCGGCUUGUCUCUCCCCGCGCACUUCACUGCGCGCCUUCCUUCGUACUACUUGAGGGUCAUGCUCUGGUCCGGGGGCGCCCAGCCUUUCCUCGGGCCCCACGGCACUUUCCUCGCCCAGCCACGCACCCUUGUGCACCCCUGCGCGCCGGGGCCAGGUGGUGGAGGCCGUGGAGGGCCUGGCCGCUGAUUGGCUGCUGCGACCGCGGGGCGGGGCAGGGAGACAGCUGGGGUGAGGGUGAAGUCGACGAGGAGGAGGGAUGCAACCGAGUGGCCCGUGACCUGCGGGCGGAGUUCUCGGCUAGGGCGUCGUCGGAACCUAGAAAGGACUCGCUACUCCGGCCAGAUGGGGACGGGUCUCCCGCCCUGCCCGGUAAACGCAAUGGCAUUUUCUCGGCGGAUGCGGGCGGCAGAGUCCAAGCCCGGCGCUGGCCGGUCCAGGUCCUUUCAGUUCUCUGUUCGCUGCUGUUUGCCAUCCUCCUCGCCUUCCUUCUCGCCAUCACCUACCUGAUCGUAAAAGAGUUACAUGCUGAAAAUUUGAAGAACGAAGAUGAUGUACACACUGGACUGUUAGGAUUCUGGACUCUACUUAUAAUAUCCCUAACUGCCGGAUUUUCCUGCUGCAGCUUUUCUUGGACAGUGACUUAUUUUGAUUCUUUUGAACCAGGAAUGUUUCCUCCUACUCCUCUUUCACCUGCCAGGUUUAAAUCGAAUGGCUCCUUUGUCUUCCAGGACUUCCCAAGAGAAAUGAGUGCAGAUGCUUACCACCCACCACAGGAAACUGACUGGACAUUCUUUCCACAUGGGCUAUAGUAUGGCAAUUUUGAAUGGCAUUGUAGCUGCUCUUACUGUAGCUUGGUGCCUCAUGUAAACCCACACUGAAGCAAUAUUCUUGACAAAACUUAGUCAUGAUUGCUUUGUAAUAACAGGGAAGAACAUCAUUGCCUACUCAGAAGACCAAGAAACCUGCUGCUCAUUAUGUGGUUCAGAUACGUGUCAUAUCAUCAUCAUUAUGGAGGACUUUUUAAGCAUCGUUCUAGAGCCUAGGCAUUGGGAAUAUCUAAGUAUUAAGUUUCAAGUAAUGCUUAAAAGUGUAAGAUGUUUACCUCAUCUUUUUACUUUUGUGUGCAUUGUCCUUAUAAGUUGUAGAAAACAUUUUAAUGGAACUCAAACUCGAAAACUUGGAUGCAGAACAUCCUGUAUCAAUGCCUGCCUUUCCAUGUAUAUGUAUAUACUACAUUUUUGCUAAGAAAUACUGAUAGUACUGUUUGAGAUAGAAAUAUUUCUUAUUUAUUCAUUAUAUUAGGAAAGCAAACAAGGCCUACUACUUUGACAUUUUACAGAAGCUACUUUUAAAUCAGAAUAUUUAGUUUUCGAUAUAUAGAAGGUGCAUUUAUAUUUUUUAAUGGGCUAUGGUUCUUUAUGUGUUUUUUUACAUAUUUUCCUACUAUAUCUUGAAUUUGUAUGUUUUUUAAUUGUUACAUCUAGGCAAAUGUGAAUGUUAUUUUUUAGCUUGUGCAAACCUUAAUACCUACCAUUUUUAAUAAGUAUUUUGUCUUUUAAGAAAAGCACACUGGCCUGAGUUUAAAACUAAGUAAACUUAUUUAAAAAAAAACAACAAAAAAAACUGAAAAACGUUUAAUUAUUUAAGCCAUGAAAAUAUUCAGGAAAUUUAAAGCUAUUCACUAUUUCCAUUUUCACAAUUCCAAAUAUUUAUCAUGGUGUAUAUAUGAUUACUUCAACAAAACUGAUAUUAUCUUGUUUUUAAUAAAUAUAAGCCUGAAGUUUUUAUGUUUAGAAAUGCUUGAACUAGUUUGUUUUUAAUCUCCAAAAUUUGGUUACCAAAAUAGAAAAGGUAUUUUGAUAUAGUGUGUACAUGUAUAAUUUUUUAAUGUAUAGUUUCCUUGUUUUCCUAUUUAAAUGUUCUUUUGUAAUUGUGCUGUUUUGUUUUUUCAUAGUAAUUAAGCCUUAAUUGUUCCCACUUCCUUUCUAAAUACCUGUUUAGAAUAGUCACUUCAAUUUUAGAAAGAUGGACUAUUUUAAAUACUGUUUUCCCUGGCCACAGAAAAACCUACAUUAGGAUAGCAUUGUGUAGCAAAACUGCUUAUUCAGGCCAAAUGGGAAAUGAGUAUCUGCAGUGUGUUCCUGUUAUCUGCUGAUUGUUGUUACUGAGUAAAUGAUUUAAUAAUGUUUCUAAAA